UCUUACCUCAUUCAUGUCACACACCAAACCGACUCCACUCUCGAAAAUGGCGAAUACAAACUUAUCUUGCUUGAUACUAUGUUUACUACCUCUCUUUCUUGUAGCCAAAGCUGAGCAAUGUGGUAGUCAAGCUAAUGGAGCUCUUUGCCCAAAUGGGCUAUGUUGCAGCAAAUUUGGUUUUUGUGGCAACACUGAUCAAUAUUGUGGAGAUGGUUGUCAGAGCCAAUGUAAAUCUUCUCCGACACCGAACCCACCAACACCUAGUACAGGUGGUGGUGGAGAUGUUGGAAGUAUUAUUCCAUCAUCUUUGUUUGAUCAAAUGCUUAAAUAUCGAAAUGAUCAACGUUGUGCUGGUCAUGGAUUUUAUACCUACGAUGGUUUCAUCGCUGCAGCUAGAUCUUUUAAUGGAUUUGGUACCACUGGUGAUGAUGCCACCCGUAAGAAGGAACUUGCUGCUUUUUUGGCUCAAACUUCUCAUGAAACCACCGGAGGGUGGCCAAGUGCACCAGACGGACCAUAUGCGUGGGGAUAUUGCUUUGUCACCGAAAAGGAUGCCCAAGGAGACUUUUGUUCACCCGGAGAUUGGCCAUGUGCUCCUGGUAAAAGAUACUAUGGCAGAGGACCUAUUCAACUCACUCACAAUUACAAUUACGGUCAAGCGGGUAAAGCUAUUAAUGAAGAUUUGAUAAACAAUCCGGAUCUAGUCUCCACAAACCCAACUGUAUCAUUCAAGACAGCUAUAUGGUUUUGGAUGACCCCUCAAGCAAACAAGCCAUCAAGCCAUGAUGUGAUUACCGGAAGAUGGACGCCAUCUGCUGCUGACAGCUCAGCAGGGCGGGUCCCCGGAUACGGCGUGAUCACCAACAUAAUCAACGGCGGGCUCGAAUGCGGGCACGGUCAGGAUCCUAAAGUCGAGGAUCGGGUCGGAUUUUAUAGAAGGUAUUGUCAAAUAUUGGGAGUGAACCCCGGCAAUAACUUGGAUUGUAACAACCAAAGGCCAUUUGCCUAAGCGAAGUACCUAUGUUAAUGUUGUAAUAUAAAGUAUAAUAAAGGGAUCACAAUGAAUGAUCCUAUAUGUAACUGGAAUCUUCUUGCUAAAUAAAACGGCUUCAAUAUAGUUCAAAUAAAAUAAUUUAGUAUUUUUAUCA